AUGACCACAAGAGCUUCGUCACCACACAGCCUCAACCUACCACAAGCUGUUGGUACGGGAUCGAGUAGAGCCGAGCUGCAACGUAGCUUAGCCACAGCAUUUGUGCCAUUCAUACCAAACAAUACAGUCGCAGCAGGAACUAACGACGUCACUCUAAGAGCGGAGACUUGGUUCUUUUCCUCACUCUUCCUCACUCCUCCUCGCCAGGCAUCAGAGGAAACCCCAUCGCCCGCCAAUUAUCCCCACAUCCUCAAUAUGGCCGUCUCGGUCUUCACCAAUAGUGUCCAGACCCCUUCGAACAACGACGUACAUUACUCCGCGCAGUUUCGAUUCAAUUCGUUUCGUUCUCGCAAACUCGAAUCAACUUACCUACCCCCCAAACAGACCCCUCCAGCCCCUCCACCCGUCUUCCCCGACCCCAACCUCACAACCCCACAACCCUCUCCAUCAUGUCACAUCCAAAUACACACCCCAAACCACAACACGCUACACAGCACCGUCCAGCCGCGCAAACAGCCACAUAACAAGUUCUUCGCACGAUCAAGUUCGAGCUCGAGCUCGAGCUCGAGCCAGGCAGGCGAUAGCGGGGCACGCGCGGGAGGUCAGGAAGCUUCGGGUGAGCGCAUUGGUGCGGUUGCGAAGGGUGGGGGGGGGAUGAGGGUAGAUUGUGUGGAAGGGUGA